AUGUAACUGAUGAAUUUAAAGCUCUAAGGGGAAAUUAUGGCUUUGACUUACAAAGUGUGUUUUCAGCCUAAAUAUAUUUAGCAUCUCUAGCAAUAUUAUUUGGAAGAUUUAAAAUCUUUUUUUUGCCCUCCUUAUAUUUUGUGUUGGAUGAAUAACUUUUAUUUCUUAAAUGAUAAUCAUCCAGAGCAGAAUUUUAUCUAAAAUAUGUUUGAAUUGUUUAAAAAUUAAUUAUCUUAACCUUGGUCCCAGAUUUUUUGA